GGUUGGCUUGCUCGGCAACGACUUGGGCACAGGGGUGGGCCGAAAUACACACGAAGACACCGCUUGCUCAAUGAUGCUUACCGAUAGUGUUUGCCUAACUCAUGAGCGGAUCAGACACCGAUGAGGGUAGAGUUGACAAUGUGAGACUUACACCUUCGAGAGCACUUAGUGUCCCGCACGUGUAUCAAGCCUUACAACCGGAAGACGAAGCACGACUUCGUGCCGAACGUAGAGUCCGUGCUCUUGCAGCAGCGAGGGCAGAAGCGAACCUAGCAGCUAGGGAACAGGCUGCAGCAGCAGCCAGGGCAGCAGCCAUGUCUUCUGCAGGAGCAACCUCUGCUGCAUCUUCUGCUGUGUCCUCGUCUGGGACCCAGUUUGGAAUGCCAACAGGGUCCACGGGUACUUCCAGUUCUAUAGGUUCUCGACAGUCUACCAGUCAAAUGGCGGGCUCGCAGUUCAGCUCGUUGACCCCACGCGAGAGGGAGCUUAGAGAGCUCCAACAGGUCGAAAGGAUCCACGAGCGAUUAGAGAGGGAACUGAAACAAGCUACCGACAGAGAAAGAGAAAUUAAAAAUAGAACAGCUAGGCUUGACACGUUAGAGGCUGACAAAGCUGAGCUAGAGGGCUUGGAUGAUUCUGGAAUGUCUGAGCCCAUGAAAGUGUUGAAGAACAACAUGCUGUCGCUGCAUGCGCACGUGGACAGCAGGUUGGACUUCAUGCAGAGCACUCUUGACCAGAUCCUGGACGUUUUGACAAGGCCAGGAUUUAGGCCACCAGCACAGUCGUCGUUGCCGUUAACGGCGAUGUCAGGCCCCUUUCCAGUUCAAGCUGACACACAACCAAGUGGCACGUCUGCAGCAGCCACACAGACUGUUGCGUCUUCUUCUUCGGGUCCAGUGGUGGGAGCUACACCACCGCAACAACCUGUUCCUCAACAGGGACAGCCGCAAGGUCAAUGGUAUCCUAAAACCCCAAUGAAACCGCCUCUUGCCUUCUCAGGCGAGAGGAAGGACGAAGAACUCAACACUUGGUUGAGAACAGUUCCGGUUUGGGUAAAGGCAAAGAGGACCUUGCCAAAGGACGAAGUGGAGGCACAAAGAGCCACUGAUGCGAUCAACAGACUAGACCAACGAAAGUUUAAGUCGGUCAGAGAGCUUACGACUACCGUAGAGAGCCUGAUCCUCGUCCCAGGCAUCAACUACAGUGACCAGUUCCUGUUAACUACGUUCGUCAGAUGUCUUCCAGAGAACAUCAGGAACUUGCUGGCCAGCGAGGCACGCCUCGAGUACCAUUCGUUUGAGACGUUGUCUAGGAAAGCCUUAGAUUUGGAGGCCACUCUAGGCAAUGCUCAACCCUCUCAGACUGACACGAAGAAGAAGAAGAGUCCUCAGGAGUGGAAGAAGAAGUGGGCUAAGUUGAUGAUGGUUGAGUCCGAUGGGACUCAAACGGAGAUCGACGAGCUCACUAACCUGAUGGACUAUUCAGAGCUCGAUGGCGAGGAGACCGCUGAGGGUAGCACCCUCGCCGCAGUUGUAAAGGCUAAGGAAGGUGGCCGAGUGAAGGGCCAACCAAAGAGCCAAGGGAAGGCUGCCUCCAAUCAAACCAAAGUGGCUGAUUGGGUCAAGGCAGGUCUUGAUCAAGACGUGUGGCGGGACCGCCGAGUGCGCGGCGCUUGUAUUAACUGUGGACGGGAGCCGAGAAAAACAAGAAUGGCGCGAUGGUUGUCGCCUCCUGUCUACUCUAGUGGUCCGAAAAUGCCUAUAGACGUAAGGGAUGGGGUAUCUGUUGUUCUCCCACAAGAAGGAACGUGGACGGACCUAGAACCAGCGUAUGAAACCGUGAUGCUGGACGAGAAGGACGCGUUCCUCUGGAUAGAGACGAUCUGGACCAAGGUCAGCCUGACGAGACUCUCACCAAGUCUGAUGGAUUUAGAGUUCCGGGGAACGGUGGAAGCUCGAGGAUGGGUCUACUUAUCUCAGGAAAUGGAAAAUGCAAUGGUAGUGGGAUUAGUAUUGGGCACGGCACCAAGCCAGCUGUUUAGGCAAGCGGAACGGAAAGUGAUAUGGGCGGCGUGUCAGCGGGCAGAAAUGGAAAUGGAAAAGAUGGAGGUGCGAGUGGAACUCGGGGACGGGAAAAAUAUGAGACGACCCCUUAGGACGAUGAGGUGCGUGCUACCUCCGUUCCUGGUGGAUGCGGUCUUUGGGACCAGGGAUAGACUGAAACGGAUAUGUCAGUCGAUGACGCGCCUGGGGCUGUACCAAUGCGCUAGACAGGACUUCUUUAGACUGUCAGUGGAGGCAGGGCCGUUUGAGGGAAACUGGGCGGAAGAGUUAGCUGAGGAUUCGGUGCGGAUCGAGAGCCAGGAGAUCGAAGGCAAGUGUGCGAUGGCGCGAAGAAGGACGUUCCUUGAAGAACGCCCCUUGGGCAUUGAACCGCCUAGGGAAGUGUCGGGUGGGAUAGAGGUUAGCUUGCCAGCAGCAAGGGAAGGUUGGCACCGGGUGGCGGACUGGGUCGGGGUCGAGCUCGCGGAAGAUAUGGUUUAUCUGGUGACAAAAUUGGAGUGGCGUGCGGAGGAGAAUGGGGAAUGGAACCCGGACCCACGAGGGCUCAUGCGUGCAGAAGGACGGCUGUAUGUGUCAGAAGAUGGGUGGAGGGAGUUCGGAGUUCGGCUGGCAUCUGGAGAAGACCCGUUGAGCAUGUUUGAAGGGGCAUGGCAGUUAGUGUGGCGAGAAGGAUUUGAGUUCGCAGAUCCGGGGGUUGACGAUGUAACAGCGGACCUUAGGGUAGCCACGGUCGGGGAUUUUGAAUGGCCUAGUGAAAAUGUACGAAUGAGGCUGCCACCUUUCCUGCUAGAAAAACUGGGCGGUUUGGAACUUGUUAGACAAGCAGUAGCCGACCUCGCAAGCCUGACAUAUGAGGAUGCGAUGGUACAUCGAGAAUACUACCGGGCCUUCUUAGAAAUGGGGCCGUUUAGCGGAGAGCAGAAGUACGAGGUGUUGCGCAUCCUGUGUGCUGUGUUUAGCACCAGGCCGAGGGUUCCGGUCGUGGGAAGUGAGGUCCUGUGGGGUGUCGUCCGACGAGAAAUAAACCAAGGGAUGGCGUACGUAGAUGAUCUGUACCGAUUGUAUGAGCCGAUGGAGGUAGAAACAGGUAAAGGAAUAGCGAUGGAGGAAGAAAUCGAGGAUCAGCAGGGCAAAGGGAGUCAGGGUACGAAUGGGGAUGGGGAACGAAACGAGGGAUCAGCGAGGGACCGAGAGUCGGCCAAACCGGAGGGAACCCGAGAAAACGGGAAGGGUCUCUCAACAGGAGAAAGCUCGGGGAAAGCUGGGGGUAGCAAAAGGGGAUCUCAGGAAAAUAGGGAAGGGGGAAACGAUAUGAGAGCGAGCCCUCGGAACUCAGCGGGAGUCACCCCUAAAAAGACAAAGGUCUUGGACACUCGCCGUAAACUGGCAGAAAUAGAAAAGCGUACUGCAGAAUUUAAAGCAAGACUUAUUGAGCAGAUGAUGGCUGGGGAUGAGGAGGAUCUCCAGGGCUUGGGAUCACGGGAAGGACGCAGGGCCAGUCAGGACGAGGUCAGGUAUGAAGGGAAGGAUAACAAUCAUAGGGAGACGCCUAGCAAGAAGGGGAAGGAUAAGGACGACUCCCCGGCAGAAGGGACGGAAAACGCUAUGACCUCACCCGCCAUUGACAGCGGCACUAGCAGACUGCCCGCCACGCUGAAAGUAACAGGGGCGUGUGACGGACUCUGGAGCCUUAGGGAAAGGGUGCUAGGAUGGUUUGACCCAGAAGGAACACCGAAAACCAGGGAGAAGCAGAGGGAAAGCAAGGAAGGGGAAGGGACUAGUGCAGCUGGAGAAGCGGGUAGCUCCGAAGAUGGUCUCAAGAGGAUAGUCGCCACCCUCACCAGGACACUGAACAAGAACCAGGGAUAUCUCGCAGAUGCAAAGAAGAAACUCACGUUCGAUGGGGCCAACAUUACGGAGUUUCUAAUAGACUAUGAGAACCUAGCAACUUUACUGAAAUGGACGGAAGAGGAAAAAAUGGAGCACCUAGGGCAGCAUGUGUCGCUAAGCUUGGGAAGGGACAUUAUGGCUAUCGUCGCCUCCAGUGGAUCCUGGAAAGAAACCAGGAAUGAGAUGAUGAGGAAAUACCUGAAGGCAGAGAAAAUGGCAACAGAGGCCGAAUUAGCCGCAGUCCAGAGGAAAACUUAUGCGACCUACAACGAUUUCCUAAGGGCGUUUACGUUAGUGGCUCUACGAAUCCCCGGGGUGACGGACCGUAUAAUGAGUAAAUACUUCCUUAGGCAGUUCUCCGAGUUUGAUAAGGAUAAGAUUUUGUUAGCAUACCAGCAGACCAGUAAGUUCGAGUACACGAGAGAUGUGGACUUCAGCACCGUAACAGACCUCGCGGAAAAGACAGUGGUAACUAAGACCCUGACCCUGCUUAAGGAAGGGGAGGUUAUAGAUCUGACCGGGAAAACGGGGGAUAAGGUUAAGAAGGGGAUUGAGAGCAUGCACGAACGAGUGCACGGGGUUGACAGCAAGAUGGAAAGGGUGGAAAACGCACUAUUAGUGAUGCAGGCACAGGUGUUCAGACCCGCCCUCCCCCCCCAAGAGGCCGUGGUUCCGGCAGCCGUAGCCAACCGGGGUUUCGCCAGAAGAGACCCGGCUAACGAACAAUGCAAGUACUGUACAAUGGUCGGGCACUUCGUGAGGACCUGCCCAAGAUUUAACCACGACAUCGUCCGACAGAGAUGCAGUAGGUCCCUCAAAGACGAGAUCCUCGGACCCCAGGGAGAACGCGUGAACAGAAAUUCGCCAGGAGGAAUGCGGUGUGCCAUCAUCCUCCUGAAUAACUUGGAUAUAGCUGCCGUAGAAGCAGAGCCGGUAGCCGAGCUUGUCUGGAACCAUCCAAGGGGGCGCGGACCCCAGGUCAACUUCAGCCUGGAAGGCAAUGGGCAGGAUAGGGUAAAUAUUACCACUCUACGAGCAGGCGCGGAAAAGAAACUCAUUCGAGAUACAGUAAUGGAAGAAGUCGCUGGUACUAGUACAGAACAGGAAGCUGAGGCCGGGGAACAGGAGAAGGUAUAUGGGAAAACGAGGGAAGAGGAACCGGUAGAUAAAGCCACUGCAGCAAAAAAAAAGUUCAGGUACCAGAUCCUGAUUCUGACGUUGCCUGAAUUAGAUGACACGUUGAGCAAACUCCUGGGCACCAUGGUAUCGGUAUCCUUCCAGACCAUGCUGCAGGCAAGUCCGAGACUGCUCAAGGGUCUCAGGCAGCUAUUGACACGUAAACGGGUAGAAGUAGAGGAGGCCCCGGAACCACAGGAACAUGGAGCCGAGGAGGCCGAGGCACCACAAGGAGUCUCUAACCUCCAAAGCAUUCCAGGGGGCCUAGAAGAUUUGGAAAAAGCCUUUGCUGAUAUUCGUCUGAACCUGCCGGAUCGAGAAGGUGGCGAAGUCAUGAGAGCACCGUCCGACACUAAACUUAGCUUCCACGCACUGCCUGUAGGAAAACUUAAAGUCCAAAUCGGAACCCACCACACCGAUGCAUUAGUGGAUGGCGGCGUGGAAAUUACCCUUAUACGACGGGAUUUCGCAACAAUCACGGGGUGCACAGUAAACAAGGAGGUAGCAGGCAGUAUCAGGGGAGCGGGCGGAGAAAUCCCCUUCACUGGGUAUGUUACCAAAUGCGCGAUCAAGGCAGGAAUCCGGGAAUCCAUCUGGUCCUUUCAACGGAUGACCGUGAUGGAAGAAAUAGACCAUGAUAUAAUUAUCAGGAGACCAUGGUGCGCCAACGUAGAAAUGAUAGGAAUGCAUCUGCACGACGGCACAUAUAUGGUAGACAUAGAAGACUCAGUGAACGGCCGUGGAGAACUCCUCCGACUCCUUGGGACCGGAGGGGACCCUCCGAAGGACAAGUUGGCAACCUGGUCACCAACAUUCGACGAGAGUGCGAGGAAGGGCGCAUUUGCACGGAUGGAAGGUAUGAGGGAGAGAGUAGAGAUCAUGAUUGAGGAGACUUUUAGUAAAAAGGAGUGGAUCAAGAUGGGGCUGCCUGGGAAGAAGAGGAGGCCGGAGGACGAGCUUCUGGGGGUUAUGUUGGCGGAAAAGGAGUCGAAAAUCGAACUUGGCGCCAAUCUGCCCAAACCAAAGGAGGGACGGAAGGAAACGACGGAAGUAGUGCUUCAGAUUCCUGACUUACUGCAGCUCAUCAAAGCCAUUAGAUACCAUAAAAUUGGCGUAGAUCCGACAACACUUGCAAAGUUUGAGGAAGAAAUCCAGAAGGGCUACUGUCUUAAUGGGAAGGUAGUCAGUGUCCAGCCCCGUGUCACGGAGGUGGCAAGGCCAAUCCAGACGAUUCAUUUUUUAGGAGAACGAUCCCAGAAGGAAGUGUGCAAAAGUACAAACCCGUAGGGAAGAAGGCCAAACCGGUCUCGAUCCUAGUAGAAACAUCGAGGGAAGAGGCCAUGGAAAAAGAGGAGGAGACCCUACGGAUGAUAAAGGAGAGACGGGCAACGGAAGGGCAUCGCAUACCAGAUGACGUAGCAAAUACCAUGAAAAUAGGAGUGGAAGGAUUCCUAACAGCGGAAGAAACUCAGUUGAUAAGAAAGGCGUGCCAGGAGUUCCAUUUAACUUUCGCUUUCAAUGAUCAUCAGAAAGGGCGGUUGGACGCAAAGCUAGUCCCUCCAGUCAGGAUCCACACAGUAGAGCAUGAAUGCUGGAAUGAUAAAGGUCCUGCCUACGA